AGGAAGGCACAAACGUCUCCGUCGUUGUGCGUGGGUAAGCGUUCUAUUGUUACCGUGACCGACCGUCUAAUUCCUUUUUCCGGCCCUGUUUCAGCCAUGAAUCUUCCGCGGUACCUCUGCUCUUACUCCCUUUCUGAUCUCAACCUCUGCGGGCGAGGAGAAGAGAGAGAAAAGGAAACAGAGCCGAAAAUAGUGCAUUAAGCCAGAGGCCUUUCAAGAUCGUAUUUUGAGAGUUGUUGAGGUUAAUAAUGGUUGUUUGGCAUGUGCGUGUUCGAUUUCCCGGCCUGGAGUUGAGGGUUUUGGGGGACUGAACACGGACUUUGACGGGGAGAGAGUAAAAGGGAGACCGGUCUUCCUCGGUUUUUGUUCCGAGUUUUUUUGGUCCCUUCCGAAUUAGGUCGUCGUUGGAGAAGGUUUCCUCAGGGCUUCUCCCGGUUGUGGGGGGCUUGGAAAGGAGUUCCAUUGGUGUUUUCUUAUUCUGCCAGAGUUUUCUGAUCUUCUUUUGAUCUUUUCUUCUUGGACGAUAGUUUUAACUCUGUCCUCUGUCUUCCUUUCUCCAGCCUAUGCUAGUUCCUCCUGGUUUUCUUUUGUUGUAAUCUUUUUGUUUGUAUUUAUAUCUCUAGUUGGUGUUUCUUCACCAAAGUUGUAAUCUUUUUGGCUGCAUUUCCUCUGUGCGCUAAAACAGAGAAAGGCGCUCUCUGUUCCACUAAAUUCUUGCUUCCAUUAUUUUCCCUAAAAAGAAAAAAAAUCUUUCAUCCGUUAACCAGAAGAGUCAUGGAAGAAGAUUUUAGGAAAGGAGAAGAAUGUCCUAAGCUGCUUGAUCUCAUUCCAAAUGAGAGAGAUUGGAUGGUCAACGAAGUGGGUGGAGGAGGAAAAAGAUGUGGAGUCUCAGAAGAGAAAAAGCUUGAGCUGAGGCUCGGCCUCCCUGGGGCUGAAAACUGGCCAGCGGUUAUAGGGAAAACAGAAGAGCACUCCAUUGAGUCUGUUCUAUCUCCUGGUCGCUACAAGCUUUCUAAGACCUCAGGCAUCAAUCCUUCCUCUGUUGGAGCCAAAAGAGGAUUUUUUGACGCAGUUGAGUCCAAAACAGAAGUUUUUCAACAGCAGCAACAACAGCAUCCUGGCUUUCUCCAACUUCAGGCUAAAGGGAAGGAAUUAUCACAGAAGACAAAUGCGAGAGCAGAGCAGCAGAGCCUUGAGAGAAAGGCAUGUGGGUCUUCAGCAGCACAUGGUUCUGCUGCUGCUCCUGGUAAUGCAGCUGGAGCCAACAAUAGCUCCCAAACAAGCAGGACUGCCCCAACCCCGGUUGUCGGGUGGCCUCCUAUUCGUUCCUUCAGAAGGAAUCUUGCAAGCACUUCCAAACCACCCCUCGAUUCAGAGAAUGGAGGCUUGAAACCAGCAAUUAAGCUUGAGAAUGGUGGGAAAGGCUUGUUUGUGAAAAUCAACAUGGAUGGAAUACCCAUUGGAAGAAAAGUAGAUUUGAAGGCUUAUGAUAGCUAUGAGAAGCUUUCUUUGGCCGUCAAUGAGCUCUUUCAAGGCCUCCUUGCAGCUCAAAGGGAUCCUCUUGCUGCUGGAAAUCGGAAGAAUCCUGAAGAAAAGCCAGCAAUUACAGGUUUAUUAGAUGGAAAUGGCGAAUAUACUUUGGUUUAUGAAGACUAUGAAGGUGACAAGAUGCUGGUGGGGGAUGUCCCUUGGGACAUGUUUGUUUCCACGGCUAAGAGAUUGCGUGUGUUGAAGAGUUCUGAGCUUUCUGCAUCUUCUCUGGGAGCAGUCACCCGGAAAAGAACAGCAGCCGGGUGUUAGAAAGGAAAGGAUCUGUUGUACAUUGUUCAUUGAACAUCUGCUGCUUCUUGGCGAGCUUUGGAAGACGCUUCGGAGUGGAUCUUUUUUCCUUGACUUCCAUCCUUAAGAGCCAAGCUUAAGCUUUUCGAGUUAUCUUCAGUGUUUCCUAUUGGAUCUUCGGGGUUUGUGAGAAACCAGAAGAAAGGUACUGGUAGGAAUUUUAUUGUAUCUCAUAUGUGAAUAUAUGAGGAAAACAUAAUGUUUGGAGCUAUGAUAAUCAGCUUUGUAUUCAUGCAGCCGAUUUUAUUGUUGGUUUCCUGUUCUCAGUUUGCGCAGAUCUAAUUCAUUAGCUUGAGAGAAUGUAUUUAAAAUAUUUUGGCUAGGCUUUUAGCAUUAUAAGGAGUGGGCCUAACUGUGAUUUUUAUGGAAUUUAUCAUCUUA